AUGGCCACCCUCACGAAGGAAGACAUCGAAAUCGCAGCGCGCGCCGCCGACCACUUCCAGCGCCUCUACUAUAGCGCCUACGACUCCCCCACUCGCGCGGACGACAUACCCAACUUCUACCGCCCGAACUCGGCCACAACCUGGAACGGGACGCCGUAUGAGGGCGCGCAGGGCAUGCGUGAGCUCGUCAGCAACAUGCCAAAGACGAAACACGUCGUGCAGUCGUUCGACUGCCAUCCCAUACCCGGCAGCCAGCCGCCUUCGCUCCUCGUGACGGUGUCCGGGACCGUCAUACACGGCGGCGGCCCCUCCGCCAACCCCCCGAACGUCCCGAAUAAAACGAUCGAGGGACACCCGCGUGUGUUCGCGCAGACGUUCAUGCUGGUUCCCGACGCGACUGCCGUUACCAAAGCGGGCGAGGUCGCGAAAUACUAUAUCAACGCAGACUCGAUGCGAUUCGUCGGAUGAGCAGACGUCCUGGUUUAUACAACAAACCCCCGAAAUGAUCAGACAUUCAUCUGGACGUCAAGAUACGUUAACACAUAACGCGAUCAUCUGCAUCGAGUUGCUCAUUCGCGAUGCAAGGUGGACUAUUCGACGAGCAGGGUAUAUCGUGCACCACCAGAAUUCUUAUCAGGAGGGGCCAAGGACAGACCGGACUCAUCUGUAGCAUCUUUUCGUAUCAAAUGCAAGACAGUGAGGCGGAAGCCGUCAAUCGUUUAGAAUUCAGGGCAAUAGAUAGGAAUUGAAACACAUAG